UUUACAUUACGGUGACAUCACAUCAUUGCUCGUGGGGCUGCCCAGAGGUUUAAUGACGCGUCUGUGCUCGCGCAGUAUAUUGUGCGAGCCGUUUUUCUCCAUGUUUCUCCAUUUUUGUGACUCACGUGUGUUAGAUUUUACGGGAUUUUUCUUUUCGUAAAGGAGCUACACGCACAUAUACGUAGGGAUAAGAGCCUCCGCUUCUCUCGCUACCGGACAGGCGUGUUCAUUCUGCGGCGAGUGUUUCUGAGGGAUCCUGGGACGCGCGCUCGAUCUGCUGGCAUGUUCGGGAGCGCGUCUGGAGAAAUAAACCCAGUGGCACCGCAGUCUUACAGCAAAUGUACCACCAGUCUGCCUCUCUGCCUACACUUUUGCUCCUUGUCUUCGUCCUUUGCUGGUGUCUGUGAUAACUGAGCAUCAAAAAGAUGGACCAUUUAGCAAGCACUAGUAACAACCAUGCACCAGUUCUCAGUGAACCAUCCUAUCCUCCCUGUAAAAUGGCCCGAAUGGAAAAUGCUAAAGACUUACCUGUAUCUGGUGUGACACCUGUGAGCCUGGCCUCAAAACAAACAACGUUAUCACACACCACCAAAGGCAAAGGCUCCAAAUUGCUACCUGUGUUCUGUGUAGUGGAACAUGGUGAUGUCCCUCCCUCUGAGAGGAAGCGAUCAGAGCACGCCGAAUUUGUGUUGUUGAGGAAAGACCUGCUGUUCAACCAGAUUACAGAAGCCGCAUUACAAGAUCUGGGGUACACACACACUGCAGCUGCGCUGGCUACAGGUCAGGUUCAAGUUGGCCAUUGGAACCCUGUAGCCCUAUCUAGUGUGACAGACACCUCUGAUGCAACAGUAGGAGACAUGCUUGAAGACCUUUAUCAUGUUAUCACCUUAAGAAUAAAGCUAAACAGGGUUUCUAAAUUAGAGGACUUGCCUGCUGAGCAGUGGACUCAUUCUACUGUCAGAAACGCCCUCAAGGAGCUGCUCAAAGACAUGAAUCAGAGUUCACUGGCUAAAGAGUGUCCAUUAUCACAGAGCAUGAUUUCAUCAGUGGUAAAUGGCACUUACUAUGCCAGCAUCUCUGCUGUGAGAUGUCAGGAGUUUGGCCAGUGGUACAAACACUACAAAAGGACCAAGUCUAUGAUGGGUGAGACUGAGAGACCGGGCAAUCAACUCUCAUCCUCUAGCCAACCCACUGUCUACCAGAAACCCACAGAAAGUAAAGGGGCGGAGCCACAUGGUGUUGUACAGAUGCAAGCUGGAAUGCCUGGUUUAGUAAUGGCUCAGCUCCUAUCACAGCAGCAUGCCAUGUCUCAGCUACUCACACGUGCUCACACGCACCAACAUGGGGCUUAUCCCACACCACUAAAGACUCCGCCCAAGUGCAAUGUGUCCCCACCCACAGUAACCCAAUGUCCCUCUCCUGUCACUGAUGUAUCACCUGAAAUUUACACUUGGGUUCGCGAGGAGCUAAAGAGGGCAGGGGUUUCCCAAGCCGUGUUUGCACGAGUGGCCAUUAAUAGGACUCAGGGCUUACUUUCAGAGAUUUUGCGCAAAGAGGAGGAUCCACGUUGUGCAUCUCAGUCUCUCUUAGUGAACCUCAGAGCCAUGCAAGGAUUCCUGCAGCUGCCGCAGAGCCAGAGAGACUCCAUCUAUUUGGAGGAAAGAGAACGUAACAUCAACAGUAGCUACAGCACAAGCGCCACCUCUCCUCUACCUGUGCAGGCGAACCUUUCACCUGUUGCCAAGGAGUUUGUAGUGAAAGUGGAGUGUGAUGGUUUUGGAAUACACUCUGGCAUCUAUGACGAAAUACAGCAGGAAAUGAGACGAGCUAAAGUGUCACAGGCCAUGUUCGCCAAAGUCUCUGCAGGCAAAAGCCAGGGCUGGCUGUGUGAGCUGCUACGCUGGAAAGAGGAACCAUCACCUCAGAAUCGUACAUUGUGGGAAAAUCUUACUUUGAUACGUCAGUUCCUAAAUCUCAGCCAAUCAGAGCGAGAUGCCAUAUACGACCAAGAGAGUUAUACAGGGCAGACACUCACAAGAGCUCUAAGUGAACCACUGCAGGCUAUACCACAUGCGGCACCUCUAAAGCAGCACCAACAACUACUUCAAAUUUUACCUCAACACGUCAAACCCUUCCCACUGCAACAACUCACCACUGGAAGUUACAGUGAUACAACUCAGAUGGGCCCAAGCCUUCGAGGCACAUCUUUACCACCAGAAGCCCAUGCAAUCCUACAAAGUUUUAUUCAGGAAGUGGGACUACAUCCAGAUCAAGAGGCAAUUCAUACACUAUCUGCUCAGCUGGGUGUGGCCAAAGAGACUGUCUGCUGCUUUUUCAAUGGUCGCAACUGGCAUAGUGAGAAAGAAAUUGACAAGAGAGAAGAAGCAGACAGGAAUGGAAAAAGAGAAGAUGAUUACAUGGAGGCAGAAGAAGAUGGAGAAUGCAGGGAUACAAAGACAAAUAUUCAGAGGACAGAGGAGAACAAAAUAACAGGGACAGAUGGCAUUGGUAUGGUGGAACAGAACGCAUCUACACAAACUCGUUUCAUUAUUACUAUUAAAGAGGAGGAGCUCCCUUGUAAGGAGGAGCUUGAUGGAGGCCCCGCCUACUGCCAAUUUAUAAACUCCUAAAAAUAUAUAAAUGACACGUACAGAGCAGUGAGCCCUGUAUGGUAUGACAGUUGUAUUUAUUUAAGGUUUAGCACAAAAAGUAUUCUUUCACUAAGACCUCAGACUUUGGAUGAAUUACAUUAUGCAUAAAGCAGUGAUUGUCAAACUGGGGGGUGGGAGAUGGACAUUUUAUAAAAUGCAUAAAUUUUUCAUAAAUUUGGUGUAAUUAAACCUUGGAAAAUAAGGCUACUAACCAACAGCACUGCAAUUUAUUGUUUAAUACAUUUUGUUUAAUUCAAAUUCAAGAGGUGGGGGGCACGCCAAAAAGUUUGAGAACCACUGGCAUAAAGCAUAAACAUGACUGUUCUUCUUUAAAAAUGUUUUAUUAAUAUUAUUGAUUUGCUAUUCUAGAGAUCUAUUAUUAAUGUUUGUUUCUCAUUUUCUGUUAAAUUCCCAGUAUUACAGCAGAAUCCUUCCAGGCAAUGUUGCUUUAUGUAAACAGUAGCAUAUUCAACUAAGAACCAUCAUCUCUUUUAGAAGCUAAUGCCAGUGACCCUGAAACAGUGAUGUAUUAUGUAUGUUUAGAAGCAAACAGCACAUUACUGUGUAUAGAACAAAACACAAUAGAAACUGCACUUUUAGUUACAGUGAAUAGUUCUCUCUUUACUGAUGGUGCAUUAAAGUUGUAUUGUUUGAAUUGUU